AUGAAUUUGCAAGCCCCCAUCGCUGGACCAUCUCGACCACGACCUGCACCAUCUUUCGACCCCUACUCCUCUCGCUCCGAUCCGCCUUCAUCAUCUUCUCGAUCAUUUACACCAUCGCUUCACCGGAAAUCAUCUACAUAUAGCGAUGGGUUCUCCACACCCACACCGUCUUUACACACCAGGUAUUCCACCCCAUCUCUUAACGGUGGAUCAUCCACACCGGUAUUCUAUCCCAACGGUGCUCGGUUUCGUUCACAAUCUGUUCUCAGUACAUCUCAGAGAGAAGAUGAAUUUAUAAAUAAGAAAAGAUUAGAUUCGUUUCAUAAGCUCAAAUCUUCUUGGGAUCUUCUGAAGGAGAAAUACGGUUCGAUAAGUUUAGAAGAUGAUGAUGAGAUUGAUCUACGUACUGGGAAAGUAGUCAAAGAUAGAGGUAGAUUGAGAGAUUAUGUAGGGAGAGAAUUUGGUGAAAUUCCCAUCUCCGAUAAUGAAACCCAAACUGAUGGUGACGGAGAGAGUAAAGGAGAAGGAGGGUAUGAGAUUGAUUCGGACGAAGAUGAAAUAGGACUAUGGGAUGAAAGAUCAGGCUUGGAUCCUCAAGUCACUGAGCCGCCGUUGUUGUGGGAAAUGGAAAAUAAAUUACGGAGGAUGAAAAGCUGGGUUUCAGAGGAAGAUCAAGAUGAUCUGAAAGAAUUCUUAUCACUGGAAGCUCAGAGGAAUAGGUUGUUAGGCGUUGAUAACACCGUCAGCGAGGACGAAGGAUCACCUGAAGCAGCAUUGUCAGACAGAGAUAGUGUGGACAGGUGGGAAGACUCAAGAUUCAGAGGUACAAGGAUUCUGCCUGUCUCGGCUACUUUGGAUGAUCUGUUCAACUCAGAUGGGGAGAAGGAUGUUUCAGAAGAUGAACUCCAACUUAUUGACGAUGAGGGACAGCCGGACCAGGAUGUACGGGUGCAUUCGAUUGUAGCACCCAAUGAUGAUCCCUCCGUGGAUGCUAAUCUACAGAGCUCAUCACCUCCUCCGCCACAACGUCGUGGGAAGGUUCUGGAGGUAGAAGUUGUGAUUCCCAUUCGAUCCCGACGAAAAUCGCUUCCUGCUCGUUCUAUCACGAAAUCUGGAUCAUCUUUGUCACCAGCGUCUGAAGGUCUAUUCAGGAGUCCAACGGUGAAAACGUCAUUUUCCGCUCCGUCUCUAUCUGAUCUAUUCAACAGUCCUCCUCCUGAUGACGAUCUCUGCUCUCGCUCGCCGUCAUGGUCGCCUCUACGCUCACCUUCUCCUGCAGAUCCAUCACCCUCCCCAACACAUGACGGACAUGAUCGCCAUUCCGCUAUUGUUCUCUCGCUCUCGCCGCCACCGCCGAGAGAAUUAGCUCAUCUUCCAUCACCAUCCUUAGCUACCACACGGCCCCAUGUCAAUAGCCUAUCAAAGUCCGCCAAGGGGAAGGAGCGAAUGGCAGGUGAACGGCCCAACGAGCCUCUCCCUUCAACACCUAAUUCAUCCGAAUCACCGUACUAUACGAGAUUGUGGAAAACCCCUAGUGGUGUGGUCAAGUUGUGCAAGAGAUGCAGAAAGGCUGGAGGGGAACGAGCAGAAAAAGCGCCUUUGUGCAAAGGUAGAGUCGAUCUGGCGAAAUGCACUUUCGAGAAACAUACGGUCAAUCUUGGCGAGACAAGCCGACCCGAAGGCGACGAUGAACCGGUUCAGCAACGUGCAUUGCUGUCUGACAAAGGUCGACCUACACACAAUGCAGAAGACGAUUCGGAAUCUAUCCUAUCGGAGCAUGACACUACGAUCAAUACGCUCAAACAGCGGUCUUCAGGAGAGAAGCAGCGUAGAAGCCAUAAAAGGUGUAUAGCCUGUAGAGAGGCAGGGGGAGAAAGAGCUCAGAAGGCUCAAACAUGUCCAGGCGGAUUCAGGAAACGCUGGUGUCAGUGGUAUGAGGAAGAGUCAAUAACAGUGACCGAUGAACUCCCUGUCGCGGAUCUUCAAUCGAAUACUCGUGCACGGUCUGGAAUAUCAAUACUUCCAGACGUCCCCCCGCAUACUACUGACCCGUCCGAUACCGACGAUGGACCUCUUAAGCUGAGAAAGUCAGGAAGUCGCCGUAAAUCCAUAGUCUUAACGUCGGACAGCGAGGCGGAAACUAUACCACAACAUACUAUUCCGCGCAUAUCCUCGACACCGUUCAGAACACCUAAUCGAGCUUCGAGCGAAUUCAUUGGUACUCCCUCUGACCGACCAUCAGAUCUGGACCAAUCUCUUUACGCCAGUGGUUUGAUAUAUAGGAGCAAUGGUCGUGCGAGAUAUUGUGGAGCAUGCUACGAGGCGGGGGGAUCAAGGGCGGAAAGAGCUUGGUGGUGCAAAGGAAGAGCUUGGGGCAAGUUUUGUCAUUUUUUGAAGAACAACGUUGAAUCGGACUACGAAUCUCCAACCGAAUCGCCUAUCAAAAAGAGCUCAAGAGGUGUAAAUAAUGGCAGAAGAACCCCCGAAGUACUUGUUAGAUCAUCCAGCGUCACGAGGACAAAAAGGAAGAGAGUGGUUUCAACGGAUACUUCACAAUUACCUCCUACGCCUUCUCCCGCUUUAGGACAAAUUGUCACUAAUACUUCGUACAUGCCUUCACCGCCAUCUACUUCCUCUGCGGAACCAUACUCACCCAAUCCAAACACUUCCGUCACCACUUUUCGACCUGUCACCGGAAGAGCCUCCUCGUCCUUUUCCAUGCCACCUUCUUCUCCUCCAAUAUUUGAUGGUCGACCUGUACAUCCUACACCCUCGCCUUCCUUAUCUGCGGCACCAGUCGACGAAUCUCCGAUUGUUCAACGGAUAUCCAAACCCUAUAUGUCCAUUUCGACGCAAACAACAGGUUUCGGACCCACUCCACCACCUUCUAUCGAUGGUGCCAGAAGUUCUUCGAUUUUAAGUGACGAUAUACCGUUAACGCUACCAAGGAAAAGUAUCCUGAGGAAACCUUCUGAAAGUCCUUGUUCUACAUUAGGUGCAAGUGGCCGCGGGAGUGUGAAACGUGCAAGAUUCUCAUUGAAGCCUCGAUCCCCUGUGAGGGAAGAAUCGUCCGAUCCCCUUCAUCAGGAUCAGACAAGUGAAAAUGAAUUGUUGAUACACAACAAUGGAAUCGAUACCUCGUCCUCGCCUUCAUCACCUGCCACGUACUUCAACCCAUACUCCAUCCCGUCAUCCUCCCCAUUAAGGAACGAAUGGACAGUACGAGCGGCAGAUAUAGGCAUGAAGCUUGGGCCAGAACAUACUGGAUCUCUACCUGAAGAAAUGAUCAAAGCGUUGGCUCCUUCCAUGGCUAGAUCUUCGCUUGGUACGGUUACUUUGGGUUCAUCAGUGUUGGUAAAUAAAAUUUUCAGUCUACCAACCCCACCGAUAAGUUCCUCAUCGACUUCAUCUAUCUCGAUUACGAACCGGGCUAGUACUUCUUCACCUGCUCUAUCAGGUGGGAGAAGGAGAACGCCGACAUCGAAUGGUGGGGUAGAAACAGGAUUGAUGUUGCCUCCGCCUGUACCGCUCAAACGAUCUACACCUGCUCCUACAUCUAUUUCUUCUGAUUCGAGAUCAACGCCAAGCACAAGCACAGGUACAUCAUCGAUACCAUCUCCGCCGAUGGAUCAACCAAUCAGAUGCACUCCUCUGCCUAGAUCAAGUCAAUCGUCAAGUUCAAGGUCAAGAUCGAUGUCUGACCAAUCCUCUUCGCUCUCCAGACUGUCUACACCAUCUCAUAAAGCAUCUUCAAGGGAGGUAUCAAGUACAUCAAGGAAGAAAUCUCGAGUGGAGAUGGAAUUAGCUAGGAAAGCAUUGGAGUUGGGUGAUGACGCGGGUUUGGAAUGGGGUUUGGACGAAGAUACCGAAGAUGGAGGAAGGAUGUGGAGAGAGGGGAGCGUGGCAUUGUUGCGUAGUGAACUGUAG